AUGGUCGUCGUCAAGUUUGAGCUGGCCCUCUCCUCCUAUAUAUAUGUUCGCCUCCGCCGCGCCUCAAGACAUCGAGAACUUGUCCAUUCCGUUGUGAGCUUGGAAUCCUACUCGGUCAGGGACACUACCGCCUCGUACAAUCAUAUAUUAAAGAGACGGAUAUACUGCAUGCAAUACCAGCUUCCAGUCCGAUGUCUUGGACGAUUUCGUCGUGUAUGCAAGUCAUGGCGUAGUUUAAUCUCCAGUACAUGUUUCGUUACCAAGCACACCAGCGUUGCCGUUGGAGACAGGAGCAAGUUAAAGUUCCUAUCUUCAUUAAAGCUGCCCCGAUACAUAGACUACGAAGCAUUAUUGAAGAAGGAUGAUGAUAUAGAUAUUAGACCCCUUGUUUCACCAAAAUUGCGCUCCAAAUAUGAUGUUGUUCGAUUUCUGUUAGAUGAUAAUCGAUUUUAUAAUAGGGUUGUGGGUUCCUGCAAUGGCUUAAUAUGUCUAAGUUGUGAUGAUGCUCAAGAACAGAACAGGAACGAACCUGAGUUCUUUGUCUUAUGA